UUUUUUUUUUCAUCAUCAUCUUUUAUACAAACUAAAUUAACAUGGAAUACCAAACUUCUUAUGAAUAUACCUCUACUACCACUACUUAUAGCUCUGACGAUAAUGUAGUGCGUUCCUCUACUACUCAUAUUCAAUCUGAAAGCCAAACUUUGAUUGUGAAUGCCGUUGGUGCCAAUUUCCAAAAGGAUGGACAAAAACUUGGAACUCAAGAUCCUUACAUGCAAUUCACUUUGAAUCUUGAAGAUAAGAAGUCUUUCCAAAAAACUUAUACUGCUAAGAAUGGUGGCAAAACUCCUAGCUGGAAUCAAUCUUUCAAUUUGCCUUUGCAAGGUGAACCUGAUCUCUUUAUUGAAGUCUUGGAUAAGGAAACUACUGCUGAUGCCUUGAUUGGUUUUGCUGCUAUUCCCAUCAAUCAAGUGGUCCAUGCUCAAGGUGGUUCCAUCAAUGGUCUCUUUGAUUUGUAUGAUGUCAAGAACAACGUGGUUGGUGAAAUCAAUUUGAUCCUCCAAGCCCAAGGUUUCCAAAACUCAAGCAAUCAACAACCUCCAAGCUCUCCUGUUCGUUUCCAAUCCUAUGUCCAUGAAGUUCAUCAAAAGCGAUGCAAGUCUCUUCGUACCAAGGAACACGUUGCUGAAGCUGGUACUGCCAUCUUGGGAGGUGCUUUGGCCAUCGGUGCUGGUCUCUUGGGCAAGAAACUCUAUGAUGAUCACAAGAAGGAAGAACAAGAAGAAAAGGAUCGUGCUGAAGAAGAAGAACGCCGCCGUCAAGAAUUUUCUCAACGUGAAGAAGAACUCAAGCGUCGUGAAGAAGAAUUUGGUCGUCGUGAACAAGAAGAACAGCAAGAACGUGAACGUCGUGAACAAGAAGAACGUGAACGUCGUGAACGAGAAGAACGCGAACGUCGUGAACGAGAAGAACGUCAACACCAACACCACAAGAAGAAGAGCCACUGUAAUGAUGAUGAUGAUGAAGAUUGCCACCACAGCAGAAAGAAGUGUGUCGAUGAAUGGGAUCCCGUUGGUACCUACAAAGCUGGUGAUCGUGUUGAAUACCAUGGCCGUACUUAUCUUUGUCUCCAAGGUCAUACAAGCAACCCUACCUGGAAACCUAAUGCUGCCUCUUCUCUCUGGGAACUCGCUUAGUUUAGUUUGUUAUUAGUUAUGUAGUAUACGUUUUUACCCCCCUCCUGUUUUAUAUAUAUACAUAUAUUCAUUCCUCUUUGAAGAAAAAAAAAAAGUCAUUGAUCUUUUUGUAUUGAAAUAAAAAAAAAAUACCAUUGUGUACAUCCUUUA